AUGUAUCCCUUCAUUAUCUUCCUCCUCUUAUUCCCUUCUCUCUUCAACUCCCAACCCACAAGUUCAAUCCUCCCUCCGGCUCCGGCUCCGGCUCCGACUACCCACGACCCGACCCAAUUCAACCUCACGCGCUUGCUUUCCACUGCCGGCUGCACAGCCUUCGCCCAAUCACUCGCCAAUUCCACUGCCCAAAAGGCCUUUAACGACGUCGUACAAGGCGGCUUGACGGUCUUCUGCCCAAGCGACGUCGUUUGGGACAACUUUUCAUCCAAAUUCAAAAACCUGACUCUUCCCGCCAAAACCUCGCUUCUCGAAUUCCACGCCGUUCCGAUUUACAUGCCGUUGCCGGUUCUCAAGUCCAAUAACGGCGUCACCAACACCUUGGCCACCGACGGCGCCGAUAAAUUUGAUUUCACGGUGCAGAAUGACGGCCAGGAUGUAACGAUUUUGACCAGCGUUGUGACGGCUAAGGUCGGUGGGACUGGUUUCGAUGAAGCUCCGUUGGCUAUUUUCUUGGUUGAUUCUGUUUUGGAACCGGAUGAGUUGUUUACUGUCCAUGCGGUGGCGCCGGCGUCGGCCAAGGUCAAGAGUCGGUCGGAUAUGGGGUCGUCUCCGCCGUCCGCGGAAUCUCCUGAUUACUCUCCGGCGGAUCAUGACGGCGACGGCGAUGGAAACUCUGCCGUUAGAGUUGAUGGUGGGGAGUUUUAUCUGGCGGCUGUAGUUUUGACUACCUGGAUGGGAUUUUUACCGCUGUAA